AUGUACACCACACAGACUCCCUAUCGACUACUGUCGAGAAGAAGGCAGCGACUCUAUGGACAGACGUUCCCAGGCCAGGGUCCUCCAGUGCAAGGAGGCUUUAACCUUCAGGGACAGCCGCCAUCUUUUAACUCCAUGAUGAAUCAGAUUAGCCAGCAAGGCAGCUUUCCUCUCCAAGGGAUGCAUCCCAGAGCCAGCAUUGUGAGACCACGGACAAACACCCCAAAGCAGCUGAGAAUGCAGCUUCAGCAGAGGCUGCAGGGUCAGCAGUUUUUAAAUCAGAGCCGGCAGGCACUUGAAAUGAAAAUGGAAAACCCUACUGGUGGUGCUGCUGUGAUGAGGCCCAUGAUGCAGCCCCAGGCUUUCUUUAACGCUCAAAUGACUGCCCAGCAAAAGCGAGAGCUGAUAAACCAUCACCUGCAGCAGCAGCAGCAGAGAAUGGCAAUGAUGAUGUCACAGCCGCAGCCUCAGGCCUUCAGCCCACCCCCCAAUGUCACCGCUUCUCCUAGCAUGGAUGGGGUUUUGUCAGGACCAGCAAUGCCACAAGCCCCCCCGCAGCAGUUUCCAUACCCAACAAACUAUGGGAUGGGACAACCACCAGAUCCAGCCUUUGGGCGAGUAUCCAGUCCUCCUAAUGCAAUGAUGUCAUCAAGAAUGGGGCCUUCCCAGAAUGCCAUGGUGCAGCAUCCUCAGACUGCACCCAUGUAUCAGUCCUCAGAAAUGAAGGGGUGGCCAUCAGGGAACCUGGCCAGAAGCAGCUCCUUCCCCCAGCAGCAGUUUGCUCCCCAGGGGAACCCUGCAGCAUACAGCAUGGUCCACAUGAACAACAGUGCUGCUGGGCACUUGGGACAGAUGAACAUGGCCCCCAUGCCCAUGUCCGGCAUGCCCAUGGGGCCUGAUCAGAAAUACUGCUGACAUCUCCCCAGUGGGACCGAUAAGGAAAUCACUGUACAAAUGACACUCACUGCACAGGACCAUCGGGAGGUAACCAAGGACCAGCUUGACCACCAGGGUGUUCCAGUGCUGUCAUUUGAGUGGGACUGGGUCUCAAGCUGAAGCGCACUGUCUACCUGAUGCCCUGCCUCUGUGUGGCAUGGUCUUCUGCCUCAUGGGGAUGUGAUUCUGGAGAUAGGAAUUGCAUAGUCACCACUCUCCCAGGUCACUUCCUUCUGCCUUGCCAGCCAAAGUCUUCACAUAAAUCUAGGUGGCUAGGGUUUCUGUCUUGUAGCACUGGACGAGGAGCACAGUCUGUCUUCAAGGGUUUGUCACCAAGUAGUUCUGUGUCGCUCUUCUGUCCGGGGGAACCAGUGUUUCUGCGCUCUUGUCCUUUACAGGGGUAGUCCCCAGAGUCUGUUGUCUUAGGUUUUCUCCUGAUGAGGUCCCGAUACCCUGUAAUUCUCAAGGAUUUGUCAUUGAUGUUAAAUGGCUUUGCAGAAGGGAAAAUGACAAUACUGACUUUUCCCAUGCUGAUGUGCAGCCAAGUGCACUUUAUUUAGGAAAUCGCGGAGAAAUGCAAUAUUCCCGAGGGCGUGAGGAAUGGUGAGCCACGUUCCUGGUUUUUGUCUGCACUAAUCUGUUAGGACAAGAACAUGAUUGUUGUUUGUUUGUUUGUUGUUUUCUUUCAAGUACUGGCGUCACCCUUUGCCUAUAUGGUAGAGCAAUAAUGCUUUGAAAUAAACUUGUGAAACCCAAGGCCAGGUACUGCACUCUGAAUCAGAAGCUCGCAGUGUUUCUGUGAAUAGAUUUCCUUUUUGUAAAUACGAUCUUUUAAGAUAUUGUAUUAUGUAAAAAUAUGUACAUACCUUUUUUUGUAGGUCACAGCAGCUCAUUUUUUACAGAGUUUGUGAAGCUAAAUAUUUAACAUUGUCGAUUUCUGUAAACUCCAUGCAGUGAGGGCUACAAGCGGGGACACCGGGAUGCCACAGCCUGGGGAGGAAGAGCAGCCUGCAGCUUCCCACCUCACCUAAGCUUCUUAAAGUCCUCAUUUGUUCAGAUGGAGUCAUUUUAAAAUUUUAAAAAUUUAUUUACCAGAGAACUACGCACUUUGUUAAUUUGGGUGAAGGAAUAGAUAUGGGGAAAUGAGCUUUUAAAAAACCACCCAAGAAUUUAAGAAAGAAAAAAAAAUCAAAUUGAUUUCAAAAAGGAUCUUUCUUUGCGUUUUUAAGCAGUUCAUAAAUUAAAUGAUAAUAGUAUGUAGCCCAUUCAUCCUUUUAGGAGUGAUUUUGAUUGGUAGGACCUGAGCCGCAGGUUUAGCUGGAAGGCACUGGGGCUUUGCUGUGUGGUCUGCUGUCUGCUCAGCUCUCCUGUUGUUCUGCUCAUGGGGUCUCUCACUACCUCUCUGCAUCAGGAUGCCGGGUCAGAACCAGGCCUGCCACUGCUGCUGGGUCAGAGGGAGGGCCUUGUCACUCGCUAGCCCUCCCCGCCACUUCUCUUGCCUCCUCUUGGCACCUGUUGUAGUCAGUUUGGAGUAGGGGAAAAUCAGAUUUAAUGCCCUUUAUUUGGGUUUUCUUAGGUUCAGACAAUUAAGUGGAAUUGGAUUGCUAGACUAUCGGUAGCUUUCAGAGAUCCCUGCCAGCCUUGGCAUUUCUGAGAGCCAGUUAACUUUUCAAAGUCACACAUUUAGCCGCUUGUUCUCCUUGUCCCUGAAGGGACAUCACUCCAUUCUUCUGUCUGUGAAUAAGUGAAGCUUGCUUCCAGAGCCACCUCAAGUAUGGACUUGACUUUCCAACGUGUUUAGGUCAUGAUGGGAUCCCCCUGUGACUGACCUACUGUCUCAGAUUGUAAAUCCAUAAGCUUCCAUUGUGUCGCUAUGCUCUGCAGGUGACACUCUGUCUGAGUUGGGCUGGGUGUGGCUGAGACGUCCAUGCUUAGACUGUGUAGCCACAGUGGUGCUCCUGCCUCUUUUAAAGACAUUUACAACCCAACUUUGUGAUUCUUUCCUCAGCACCCCAAUGCCAGGCUAACUGGUUGGCACCCCUUUUGUAUGGGGGAAAAUGAAGUUUAUUAGGUUUUUAUAUUUUCUACUUAUUUUUAUUGGUGCAAAUUCAGAAUUCUGGUUUCUUUGAACAGUCUUUGGGACAAUUUGUUGUUUUACCUGGCUUGCCCUUUAGUCUGUUUUGGGUCCUUCUCUUUGUACUCCUGUUGCCUACCUCGCCUCCCCCUCCCCCCUGGCCCCCUUUUCAACCUUGGUGUCUUUUGGGCGAACAGUUUAAUCUUCCCAUCUGCUUUGAUGAUGUGGGACAUUUCCAGUACCUACUUUUUUGCUGAAUCCAAAGAUAUAUAAAUAAAAAUAUAUUUUAUGAAGAUCAAAUGAUAUUAAGGAAACAUGUUUCUUCAGAAAUAAACGAAGCUGUACUGUUUGCUGUUGGUAUUAGCACGCUCUCUCUCUGAACUGUGCCCUGACAUUAACAGCUGUUCAUCAGGAUUAAAUGCUGAGAUGAGUUGGGGGUAUGGAGCAGUGGGUACUGCAGAAGAUAAUGGCUUGACAGCCUAGAAGUUUCUUGAUUCAGAGGCAGAUGCAGCUGGACCAUCCAGAGGAUUGCCAGUUGCUCACAGGCCAGUUCAGUCCCUUUCGAUCUGUGGAGGGAGGACGUGAGUUCUGUUCCAAGUGGGGUGUUCACAGGAGUAAGCCUCUAGGCUAGCUGAAACUGAUCCUGCCUUGAAGCACCAGGGGUUAUUGCAGUGUGGAUGGUUUAAAAAUCUCCAGUGCAGAGGGUUUAAAAAGCAGGGCAUUAUUUUUUGUUCUUGCCCCCCAUUUCUCUUCUCUUUGAAUAUAUAUAUGGAGUUUUGAAAAAGAUGAAAUGUCAUUCUGAGAGCAGCAAAUUCUCAGGAACCGACACCACUAAGGAUACGUUUGGGUUUAAUCAAGUUUAUAUUAAGUGUCACCUAAAAUGGAGUCAUUCUUUCUUUACCUUGCAAGGAAUUGAACCCAUGUGGGUGGCUCAGUUGGGGUGAGCUUUGAAUGACUUGCUGACUGUCUGGAUGCUCUUGUAAAUAAAGAUUUCUAUUUAAACCUCA